AUGGCCUACUCUAAGAACGGCCCUGGCGAGAACCAGACCAUCUCCGGCGUGUUAAUCUUGGUGGGAUUCUCGUACCUUGGCAAGCUGCAAAUCCUUCUAUUUCUGCUGCUUCUGGUCAUCUACCUAGCCACCCUAUUCGGGAACCUGCUCGUUAUCCUUCUGAUAAAGCUGACCCCUUCUCUCCACACCCCCAUGUAUUUCCUCCUGGUCAACCUGUCCUUCCUGGAAAUCUGCUUCACUACAAGCAUGGUCCCUCAGCUGCUGGUUCACCUCCUGGUAGAGGAAAAGACCAUCUCUCUCACAGGCUGCGCAGCCCAGAUGUACGUCAUCACCAUUAUGGGUCUCACCGAAUGCUGCCUCCUCGCAGCGAUGGCCUACGACCGCUACGUGGCCAUCUGCCACCCCUUGCACUACACGACCAUCAUGAGUGGCCAGGUGUGUGCCCAGCUCGUGGGGGCUUCAUGGCUCAUUGGGAUCUCAGUGGAAGUAGCUCAGACUACGUGGAUCUUCAGCCUGCCCUUCUGCGGAUCCCACCGCAUCCACCACUUCUUCUGUGACAUCCCACCGGUGGUGAAUAUGGCCUGCACCGACACAUCCAAAAAUGAGAUCAUGGUCUUCACUGUGUCAGUUGUCUUCAUCAUGAGCCCUUUUCUGUUGAUAAUCCUGUCCUACAUCUGCAUUAUCUACAACAUCCUGAAGCUACCAUCAGUGGAGGGGAGGCGUAAAGCCUUCUCCACCUGCUCCUCCCACCUCAUGGUGGUGAUGUUGUUCUAUGGAACAGCCCUCAUCACCUACAUGAGGCCCAAGUCUAGCUCCAGCCCAGAGACUGAUCAAAUGAUUUCCCUCUUGAACACCAUUGUGGCACCCAUGUUGAACCCCAUCAUAUACACGCUGAGGAACAAAGAGGUGAAGGGAGCCCUGAGAAAAGCAGUAGAGAAAAGCAUCUUUGCUUCUAGAAACCAAAGAACAGAAAAUAGAGCUAAUCAAAGUGGGGGGGAUAAGGAAAAGUCAUAA